AUGAAUGCACAAUCUUUUCGAAACUCUACACAACCUAACUCUUUAAUCAUCGGAUGGAGAUUGCAAAAUCACCAUGUGCUUAUCAUUGGUGGUAACCAAAUUGCUGCAAACCGUAUCGAAUUUGUUUUAGACGCUAAACCUCGAAAGAUAACUCUUAUAACACCACAAUUAAAGAUCUCCAAUAAAGUUAAGGAAUACAUUGAGAAACGUAUCAUUAUACAUAAAGCUGGCGAAUUUCAUGUGGACUAUCUGUCAAAAACUGAUGACCCCAUCGAUCUUAUUUUCUCCGCCGUUGAUGAUAUACAGUUAUCAAAUAAAAUUGCGAUUGCCGCCCGUGAACGAAAAAUUCCUAUUAAUGUCGCUGAAAUACCUCAAUUAUGUGAUUUUUGGCUUAUGCCGACUUAUCGAGAUGGUAAUCUUCAAGUCGCAAUAUCGACUAACGGCACUGGUCCUCAAGUGGCGCGUAAACUUAGGGAACACAUUAUUGAAAAUUUACCAAAUAACACAGCAGAUGCUAUUAAUAAUGUAAUCCUUCUUAGGCAAAACCUCGGUGCCGCAAACAUGUCCGUUCUUACCAAGAUAACUAGCUCGUUGUCUCUUGAUGAACUUGCAAAACUUACACAUAAAGAUAUUAAAAGAUUGACCUCUGAAUAUGCUAAUGUUGAAGUGGAUAAAUCUGAAGUGUCAUCAACGUCCUCUACAGUCAUUGAUGACUUACCUAUCGUUUUCAAAUCAAAAAUUGUUGAUAACUACCCUUCGUUCCCUGAGGGCGGUGUGAAAUUUGUGGAUAAUAAAACAGCUGUAGCGCACGUAGCCUACGCUUUAAGCGAUACUAUUUUUAUUUAUCCAACAGUAUAUUCUAAUUACUCUGGUGAACCUACUUUACAUUGGUCUACACAGAAUAUUGGUAAUGCUUUUGGAAAAGUAUGCAAUGUUAUCAAAAUGGAUACGCGUUCUGGUGCUUCACUCGCAAUUUUGGGUGCCGCGUCUUUUGCGUAUUCCGGGAAGCUUGUAGCUUUUGCUUCAUCACAAUCUAUUGUCUCGAUGUUACCAAAUUUAUACGCUAUUUCUCAAGAAAGAAUACCGUUAACAAUUCACGUAUCCGCUCAAGGUUUCAACGAUAAUAUGCAUAAUACUGUUAAUUAUCAUGACGCGUUAAUGGCACGUGACACGGGUUUUGGAAUAAUAAACUCUUAUUCCGCACAAGAAAUGCAUGAUAUUGCGUUAAUUACACAUUUAAUUUCCGCCUCGACAAAAACGCCAUUCUUGCAUAUAUUUGAUGGUGUUAAGGUCGCUUGUGGAAAUUCCGUGUUAAAGCUCGUUCCUUAUGCUGAAAUUCUUAAAUUAAGCAAAGAACUAUCAAUCCCAUCAAAUAGUCCGUCAUCAACAAAAUCAUUAAUAAUUGUGGAUAAAAUCGAAGGUAUUAUAAAUAGAGUCGGAAAGCUCGUCGGGCGACAAUAUCGGGCAUUUGAAUAUGUUGGAUCUCGUGAUGCCAACACAUUGUUAGUUUCUUGCGGUGGGGAAACUGACAUCGUUAAAGCAGUAGUGAAACGCCUUAGUGAUAAUGGUAAAAAGGUUGGAGUUAUCAUAGUCAGGUUAUAUCGACCAUGGUCCGAAAAACAUUUUUUAGCAAUGAUUCCCAAGACAACAAAAAAAAUUGCCGUAUUAGAGCAAGUCGCCGUAAAUUUUGAUGGUUCAUAUGAUAUGGGUUUAUCGUUGUUCAACGAUGUUGUGGCUUCACUAAUUGAUUCGUGGACUGGUCAUAUGCCUCAAUUAAUAGACGCAAAGUUCCCUAUAUCCAAACAAUUCACACCCUCUACACUUUUACAACAAUUAGAGUUAGGGGUGAACGUUGAUUUUAACGUUGAUCCUUUGUCAGAUAAUCUCCAAAUUCAAUCAACAUUAAAUAAUGUAAAACGAUGUGUAUUUUGGAACGCCAUAUCUAAGGGAACUUUAUCAUCUAACCAACAUAUUGCAAAUGUAUUAAUUCGUCAUUCGCAUUUAAAUGUUUCUAGUCUCUCCACCUUUGAUGCAUACAAUAAUGGCGGUGUCGUCACUACUAAUUUCUUAUUAGGGAAUGAACUUACAGAUGUAUUACAUGAUCUUAAAAUCGAUGCUGAAUAUAUCUCAAUCCAUGAUGACACAUUAGUCAGCAAAUAUGAUAUUUUAGCUCCCGCUAAAGAUGGUGCCAUCGUUCUCCUCAAUACCAGUUGGACUACAGAUGAUUUAGAAACUAAAUUACCAAAUGACUUCAGAUAUGAAGCUUUUAAUCGUAAGAUUAAACUAUAUAUAAUAGACUCGAAUAAAAUAAUUCAAGAUCUAGGCUUGAAUAUCGAUGAGCAUAUUAGUUUGAUAUUACAAAUAGCAUUUUUAAGAUUGAUUACUAAAGAGUCUAAGAUUAAAUGUGACUUGGACGUUGCCCUUUCAGAACUUUAUGAAGGCAACAAUGAAAAAGAAGUUAGUCUUAUUCUUCAUUCAGCUGUUCAAGAAACCGAUAAAACGCUUACCUUUGUUGAACCUCCACCAGCAUGGCAAAUUUUGGAAAAAUCAGAUCGUAUCUUACCUUCUGUUGUUGACAAUAAUUCUUUCGGAAGAUCAAUUGAUCUUCAGUUAAAUGUUAAACCUAAACUUAGGUCUUGCCAUACAGCUGUUCACAAUUUAUUAUUUAAAGAGGCUUUUGGUUUCAGUAAUGUCGAGCGACCUGAAGUAGGAGAAAAGACCUUUAUUAUUACUGUUUCUGAAAAUCGUCGACUUACACCUCCAACAUAUGAUCGUUACCUAUUCCAUAUUGAGUUCGAUAUAACUGGAACGGGUCUAAAGUAUGAUUUGGGUGAGGCUCUGGGUGUAUAUGGUCAUAAUGAUCCCAAAGAAGUUGAUGAAUUCUUAGAAUAUUAUGGGUUAAAUCCUAAUGAUCUUAUUUCAAUACCUAACAAAGAAGGCGAUAAAUUUGAAACAAAAACAAUACAACAGGUCUUUGUUCAGAUUCUUGAUAUAUUCGGUCGCCCUGCUAAGCGUUUUUAUGAAUCUUUGGCUUCUCAUGCCAUUGAUGAGAAUGAGAAAAAACGAUUAUUAUGGAUCGCUAGUAGUGAAGGAUCUGUGGAAUUUAAACGUCGUGUUGCAGACACCAUCACUUAUGCCGAUUUAUUAUAUGAAUUUACAUCUGCUCGUCCACCCGUCGAAGACUUGGUUCAGAUAAUUGCACCUAUUAAACCGCGUCACUAUUCAAUUGCAUCCGCACAAAGUGUGCAUCCGAAUAGCGUGCAUUUACUAGUAGUUACUGUCGAUUGGGUAACAUCUACUGGUAAAAAACGGAUCGGUCAAUGUACACGCUAUCUUUCUGGCUUAAAAGUUGGUACUCGUGUUGUAGUUUCAAUAAAACCAUCGGUAAUGAAACUUCCACCACGAGAUACUCAACCUGUUAUCAUGGCAGGUUUGGGUACUGGAAUGGCACCAUUCCGUGCAUUUAUUGAGGAACGUGCUUAUAGGAAGUCACAAGGUAAAGAAGUGGGUCCAAUGAUUCUUUAUUUUGGAUCUCGUAAUCGAUCUAUGGAAUAUUUGUACGGUGAAGAAUUAGAAGCUUAUCACGCAGAAGGAUUGCUCACAUAUCUUCGACUAGCAUUUUCUCGCGAUCAACCACAUAAAGUAUACAUUCAACAUAAGAUGCAAGAUGAUGCAGAAUUAUUACAUCAAUAUUUGCUAAAAGAUGAAGGUUGGUUUUAUCUUUGCGGACCUACGUGGCCCGUACCAGAUGUGAGAGAUGCAAUUGUUAAUAGUUUUGUAUCUGUGGGAGAAUUAUCAAUAGGCGAUGCUUCAGCUGCAGUAAAUAAGUUAAAGGAUUUGGAACGUUAUAUUUUAGAAGUAUAUUAA